UAAUGUGGCAGUGUGGAGAGUUGAACAGGUAAAUCAGAGAACCCAACUGUUAGCAUUCGACAAUGCCAUAUUACCUGGGGGUUGAUGUAGGUACUGGGAGUGUCAGAUCAGCAGUGGUCAGCAGUCAAGGCCAGGUGGUUGGUGUUGCCACCAGAUCUAUACAGAUAUGGUCUCCACAGACAAGUCACUAUGAGCAGUCAUCUCGGGAUGUGUGGUCAGCGGUAGUUGAAACAGUACAGAGGGCACUGUCCAAGUCAGGAGUUACAAAGGAAGAGAUCCAUGGGAUUGGAUUCGAUGCCACAUGUUCACUGGUUGUUCUUGAUGAAGAUGGAGCUCCAGUUUCUGUCAAUCAGUCAGGUUCAACCGAGCAGGACAUCGUGAUGUGGAUGGAUCAUCGAGCAGAGGCCCAAGCUAAGCGUAUCAAUGCUACAAACCAUGAUGUUCUCAGAUAUGUAGGAGGCACUAUAUCCUUAGAGAUGCAGGCACCCAAACUCCUUUGGCUGAAAGAGAACCUGUACAGCACCUGUUGGAGUAAGGCUCACCACCUGUUUGACUUGCCUGACUUCCUCACAUGGAAAGCUACUGGAAGUUUGUCCAGAUCCCUAUGCUGUCUUGUCUGUAAGUGGACUUACCAGGCUGGUAACCAUGGUAACAAUGGUUGGAGCGAGGAUUUCUUUUCACAGAUCUCUCUUGAAGAUCUGGUGAGCAAUGGUUACACCAAGAUUGGUACUGAGGUAAAGCCUCCAGGAUCACCUUGUGGGAAUGGCCUCUCACAGAAUGUAGCGGAGGAGAUGGGUCUGUUGGCGGGAACCCCAGUUGGAACCUCCAUGAUAGAUGCUUAUGCUGGAGCACUUGGAUGUAUGGGCUGUAUCCCAAGGUCAGAGGUCACUGAUAGUCUUCCAGAUAUAACUAACAGGCUGGUCCUUGUUUGUGGAACUUCUACCUGUCACAUGAUUAUGAAUAAGAAGGAACUGUUUGUACCAGGGGUAUGGGGGCCUUUCUACUCCUCUAUAUUACCAGGGUUAUGGACCACAGAGGGAGGCCAAAGCAGCACAGGAAAGCUGAUUGACUUCAUCGUACAGAGCCACCCAGCUUACCAUGAUGUGAAAACUGCUGCACAUGAAAGAAAUAUUCAUGAACAUGACAUUUUGAAUGAACUCCUUGAGAAACAAGCCAAGCUGAAAAAUCUCCAGUCUUUGUGUGAACUGACUAAAGAUCUUCACAUAUGGCCUGACUUCCAUGGUAACAGGUCUCCCUUAGCAGAUCCUACAUUGAAGGGCAUGAUUUGUGGUUUGACCUUGAAUGAUGAUAUGGAUGACCUUGCCAUUAAAUAUUUAGCUACUAUACAAGCUAUUGCUUACGGAACUCAACAUAUCAUAGUGGAGAUGCAAAAGAAGGGGCUGGAUGUCGGUGUAAUAUACAUGUGUGGAGGACUUCGUAAAAACACUGUCUAUCUCCAAAUGCAGGUUGAUGUCACAGGUUUACCCCUAAUUUUACCUGAUGAGGAGGAGUCAGUCCUGGUUGGGGCAGCUAUGCUCGGAGCGUGUGCCUCAAAUGAUUUUCCAUCCUUACAAGCUGCCAUGGAAUCUAUGGGUGGAAGUGGCACUAUUGUCCAGCCUUCUACAAUAGACAGCAGUUACCAUGCUAAGAAGUUCUCAGUGUUUCUGGAGAUGGUGGGUGAUCAGCAGAAGUAUGCCUCUAUGAUGUCCUGAUGGUAAUGAGUUGGGUAAACAGAACCAGAAUUUCCCACAUAUCAUCACAGAAGUAUAAGAAAAGACACUCUGAUAUCAUAUAUAAAAAUGAUUGAUGUUAUUUUUAUACUCCAAUCUUGAAAUUUUUUAAUCGAUCAUUCACUUUCAGUGGUGGAAUAUCAAAUAUUGUUUUCAUUAUAGAAAAUCUUUCAAAAUCAAUAAAUGUCUUCCAAGUGU